CGGGAGCGCGCACCGAGGAGCCGAGGGAGGGGUCACGAACUCUGACCCCCCCAUACCCAAACCCAGAAAGCUCCCUGCCCCCACUUUUUUUUAACCCUCCCCCCUUCAGCUUUCUCCAACCUGUCUCUUCCCGGAGCCCCCCCCGCCGCCCAGCAGCCGCUGCAGCGGCGCUGUCGUCUACGCCCGGCGAAGGACGUAGCUCGGCAGAGAAGCGCCGGACACUUGGCAAUUAAAUCAUGGCAACCAUAGAAGAAAUUGCACAUCAAAUUAUUGAACAACAGAUGGGAGAGCAGAAACUAACACAGCGAUGUAAAGCAAUUAUACUCCAAUAAAGAUGGUUAAAAAGAAACCUAAAAAUAAAAAGUUCGCUUUGAUCUGGUGAGAGACAGUUGAAUAAUUGGACAAUCAUAAUAGGAUAUGGUGUGGAAUCCGAGGUUUAAUGGACCCGUAGAAGGACAUCCAUGUCAACAGAUUGUUACAGAGCAGCAAACUGGCCAGAAAAUCCAGAUUGUGACAGCACUUGAUCAUAAUACCCAAGGCAAACAGUUCAUUCUGACAAAUCACAGUGGCUCUACUCCAAGCAAAGUCAUUCUGUCCAGGCAAGAUUCUACUCCAGGAAAAGUUUUCCUCACAACCCCAGAUGCAACAGGUGUCAACCAGUUUAUUUUUACAACUCCUGAUUUGUCUGCACAACACCUCCAGCUCUUAACAGACAAUUCUUCCUCCGAACAAGGACCAAAUAAGGUUUUUGAUCUUUGCGUAGUAUGUGGAGACAAAGCAUCAGGGCGUCAUUAUGGAGCGGUAACUUGUGAAGGCUGCAAAGGAUUUUUUAAAAGAAGUAUCCGAAAAAAUUUAGUUUAUUCAUGUCGAGGAUCAAAGGACUGUAUUAUUAAUAAACACCAUCGAAAUCGUUGUCAAUACUGCAGGUUACAAAGAUGUAUUGCGUUUGGAAUGAAACAAGACUCUGUUCAGUGUGAAAGAAAACCCAUUGAAGUAUCAAGAGAAAAAUCUUCCAACUGUGCCGCUUCAACAGAAAAAAUCUACAUUCGAAAAGACCUUCGAAGCCCAUUAGCUGCAACUCCAACUUUUGUAACAGAUAGUGAAACUGCAAGGUCAGCAGGACUGUUAGAUUCAGGAAUGUUUGUGAAUAUUCAUCAAUCUGGCAUAAAAACUGAGUCAACUGUGCUGAUGACACCAGAUAAGGCUGAAUCAUGUCAGGGAGAUUUAAGUACAUUGGCAAGUGUGGUUACAUCAUUAGCAAACCUUGGAAAAACUAAAGAUCUUUCUCAAAAUAGUAAUGAAAUGUCUGUGAUUGAAAGCUUAAGCAAUGGUGAUACCUCUUUGUGUGAAUUUCAUCAAGAAAUGCAGACUAAUGGUGAUGUUUCAAGGGCAUUUGACACUCUUGCAAAAGCAUUGAAUCCUGGAGAGAGCACAGCCUGUCAGAGCUCAGUAGAGGGCAUGGAAGGAAACGUACAUCUAAUUGCUGGAGACUCAAGCAUAAAUUACAUGGAAAAAGAGGGGCCACUUCUCAGCGAUUCACAUGUAGCUUUCAGGCUCACUAUGCCAUCUCCUAUGCCUGAGUACCUGAAUGUGCACUACAUUGGGGAGUCUGCCUCCAGACUGCUGUUCUUAUCAAUGCACUGGGCACUUUCGAUUCCUUCCUUCCAGGCUCUAGGGCAAGAAAACAGUAUAUUAUUGGUGAAAGCCUACUGGAAUGAACUUUUUACUCUUGGUCUUGCCCAGUGCUGGCAAGUGAUGAACGUAGCAGCUAUAUUAGCGACAUUUGUCAAUUGUCUUCACAGUAGCCUUCAACAAGAUAAAAUGUCAACAGAAAGAAGAAAAUUAUUGAUGGAACACAUCUUCAAACUACAGGAGUUUUGUAACAGCAUGGUAAAACUCUGCAUUGAUGGAUAUGAAUAUGCCUACCUGAAGGCAAUAGUACUCUUCAGUCCAGAUCAUCCAGGCCUAGAAAACAUGCAACAGAUUGAGAAAUUUCAGGAAAAGGCUUAUGUGGAAUUCCAAGAUUACAUAACCAAAACAUAUCCAGAUGACACCUACAGGUUGUCCAGACUACUACUCAGAUUGCCAGCUUUGAGGUUGAUGAACGCUACCAUCACCGAAGAAUUGUUUUUCAAAGGUCUCAUUGGCAAUGUACGAAUUGACAGUGUCAUCCCACAUAUUUUAAAAAUGGAACCUGCAGAUUAUAACUCACAAAUAAUUGGUCACAGCAUUUGAAAGCUGAGAUCUCAGUUUAAACUGAUUGUUCUUUCUUACUAGAACACAAGAAGACACCAAAUUGAACUCAUUGCUUCCAGGGCAUCUGGAAGUUUUUACUUUAAAGAGUAACCAAAAACCAAGAUAUUUUUAUCUUCCUUAAGAAGAAUUUUUGAAGUGACUGGGCAGGUAGCAGGAAUUAGAAUUUCCCUUCCUGUCUUAUUUGAGUGAGUAAAAAAUACUAUGAACUUACUCUUGGCUGAAAUGGCACCUAGAGCCGUCACCUCUUGACUAAGAUAUCUCCUUUUAUUUUAUAAAACAAAUAAAUAAGUCUCUCUUUUUUUCCCAGAAUUGUGUUCUAUUCAUGUUUAACUUCAUUAUGAACUACUACAAACACUUAAUGGUCAGAAACCCCUAAGGAGUAUUUUCUUGCAUUUUACUCUUCUGUAUUAUAAUCUGUUUGUUUUAAUUACCUGUCAAAAGAAGAUUAUUUUAUGCUCAGUGGUAUAAUGAUAACAUUAGAACUAUAGGAAAUAAUAAGUGAAUAUAGGGGUUUUUUUGUCUUUUGUAAAUAUCAUGGCACCAUUAGCAUAUAUCACUCUCAUUGCUGGCAGUGAGACAUAGGCCAUUUGUGAUCUUUUUAGUGUUGUAUAUUAUUAGUUAUAAGCACUUUUUAUUUAUGUGUGUAGCAGAAAAUUGUUUUUGAGAAUAAGAGGGUUCAUGUUUUAAUAUUUUUGGUUUACUGUGUUAUAAAAGUAGCAGAGACUGAUUGAGCCCCAAAUGUUUCAGUAUUUCAAAAUAGAUAUUAAAAUUGUUGCUCUUCCAUUCCACAGAAAGCAUCUGUCGUCUCUCCCUCUUUUCUGACCACAUUUAUAGUUUCCUGACCCUUCUAUGGGUUUUAGACAAUUUCUUUUAGGUCAUUAGAAAUACCUACUUUGUGAAAUAAUGGAUUUAUUGUAGCCAAUCUGUGUUCUCAAGGUGAGUUAGACAAUUAUUUUAAAGCAAUUGAUAACUUUUUAAGACUUCAGUUUUUUAGUAUAUAAAGGAAUAUGCACUGAUUUUUCACUGUAAAGCGGGGAAGGGCUGUUUUAACAAUAGUAUGAGUGUCAGCCUGUAGCUCUGCCUUGUUACUACCACAGCAAAAGCAUUUUAGGCUCCUUGGAUGUCUUCCACAGUAAUGUUUUCCUUAGCAAAACCUAAUACUGUUAAAUAUUUCUUUGCUAUAAUUUCAUGAUGAAUUAUUUUGGUAUGUCUAUUUGUUGUUUUUUUGUUUUAAAUAUGGAGAUUUUAUUGCACUCAGAGUACAUUUUUUAUGAAGAUUUUUGCAAUAGAAGAGAAGCAGAAUUUGGGGGAAGGGUAUGGAUUUUACUAAUAGUUACUUUAUAGUAAAUAAGAAGUUUUAAAGUAUCAAUUUACAGUCUUUAUCAGCUUAUUAAGGGAAGCAUUUUUCCCUAUUUAAAACAUGAUUUUUGUCAACAGGUUUAUUUAUAAUUAUCAGCUGGGAAAACUACAUUUAGUACAAAAUACUUAGAUGGAAAAAUCAGUAGGUUUAUAUCUUUAUAAACCCAGUGAAGUAAGCCAGGGAUUCAAGAAAAAAUUCUUUUAAAUAAUCUACUAAUGGUUAAUUAAGAUACAUGUUUCAGGUAUUUUUCCUGAUUAUAGUUAUAUUUGGAAGUGUUUUUUAAAACUAUAUUAAAAUGUGACCUGCAU